UCCGUGUUGACAACAACUGCGUUGUUGACAUUUCCCGAAUUCUUUGAGGUUAAGAGCCGUCAAGGGUCAACAAAAAUGGGAAAAGAAUACAAAAUUAUCACACAUUAAAACAGUGUUGCAGAAAACCUCCAAAACAACAUGAGCAGCACUACUUUAAUUCAGGAAAUGCGGACACAAUGGCAUCUGACAUAUUAAUUAUGAUACUGUACACUUGCAGCGACUGUAAUUUCCAAUGGAAAUACUAAUUUCGAGAAAAGUUAUUUUAGCUCUACUUACCUUGGCUGCCAUAUCUUUUUAUAUCAGCUAUACAUUCAACACAUGUCUAGUCAGUAGCAUAGCCAAAGCAUGGCCCAAAUGGCGCCAUCAUCCGGUAGUACCAAAUGAAAACUCCAUAAUUCGCUAUAGGACCUCUGUUCGUGUAGUUCCGUUGCUUGACGGUAACGAAUCAGACAUAUCGCCGAAAUAUAAGUUUUUUCGCGAACAGGGUCUGCGUCCCAUGCGACAACUUCCAAGUGCUUUAAUUAUAGGUGUAAAAAAGGGCGGUACUCGCGCCCUCCUCGAGUUCAUCCGCAUCCACCCCGACGUGCGCGCCGCCGGCAGCGAGGUGCACUUCUUCGACAAGAACUACCCGCGCGGCUUCCAGUGGUACCGCCAGCGCAUGCCCCCCACCCUCGAGGGCCAGCUCACCAUCGAAAAAACCCCAUCGUACUUCAUCACCAAGGAGGCGCCCCGCCGCGUGCAGCACAUGAAUCCCUCCACUAAACUCCUCGUCGUCGUGCGCGACCCCGUCACGCGCGCCAUCUCCGACUACACCCAAGCCGUGUCCAAGAAGCCCGAUAUGAAGCCCUUCGAGCAGCUCGUCUUCCUCAACAGCUCCAUCGGCAGCAUCGUGGACACGUCCUGGGGGCCGGUCAAACUCGGGAUUUACUCGCGCUAUCUGGCCAGGUGGCUCAAGUACUUCCCGCUGUCGCAGUUCCUGUUUAUUAGCGGGGAGCGGCUGGUGGUGGACCCCGCGGUGGAGCUGAAGAGGGUGCAGGAUUUCUUGGGGUUGAAACGGGUGGUGUCGGAGAGGCACUUCUAUUUUAACUCGACGAAGGGGUUUCCGUGUUUGUUCAAGAGCGAAGGGCACAGCACUCCGCACUGCCUGGGGAAGACGAAGGGCAGGAAUCAUCCGUACAUCGACCCGAUUAUUGUACAGAGAUUGAGGGAUUUUUAUAGGCCGUUUAAUAUUAGGUUUUAUCAGAUGACGGGGAUUAAUUUUGGGUGGGCCUGAGGAGCAAGGGCGCACCAGACCAAUGUCAAUUUACUUACGUAUACCUCUUGAGAAGACUCGGUUUUGUUAUAUGUGAUUUUGUUGUGAAGUUUGUUUUGUUUUUGGAAAUUUGCCUAAUCGUUUUCGUAUGGGUUUUACUUACACUAUUGUAGCUUUUUAUUAAAUUUUUGAGGGUUGAAA